AACCGCUCCUCCAGGAAGCUUCCAGAAACCGUGUGAAAAGCUAACGAAGAAGAAUUUGAAUUUGCUUAUAAAACCCUAAGGCGUCUGAUCCAAUCUUUCUCAUUUUCUCCUUCAACAUUCUUUCAAGAUUCUUUUAUAGAUUCGAUAUUCAAGUUUGGGAUUUUGCGUUCUUAAGUAAUCUCAAACUUUGCGUGUUUACUGUUCGAAUAAGAUGCACCUCUGGUCAUCAUCAUACCAUAAUGCAGAUAUUGAGUUGGUUUUUAAAUCCGAAUGGACGCCAAGACGUUUAUCCAGCUGGUUGAAGAGAAAAAGAAGCGCGUAUUGGCAAAACAAGAAGCCCAUUUGAAAUGGCAGCAGAAGCUUGAAGCCGCUAUUGAAGCCAAUGAAAAGAAACAGAAAAGGCGUAAGAGAAGAUCCGUGUCAUAUGAUACCGACAGUGAAAGUGAAAGCAGCCGUGAGGUCAGAAAGUCAAAGAAGAGACGUCACAAGAAACAUAGAAAGCAUGAUGAUGAUGACGAGAAGAAAGAAAAGAGAUCAAAACGCAAACCAAAGAGAAGAUCUUCAAGUUCAAGCGAUGACAGUGACAGUUCGUAUGAAAGUGAUUUAGAACAUCGUAGAAAAAAACGUGUUCAUAAGAAACAUAGACAUCAUCAUCAUCACUCGAGCUCGGGCUCUGAUGAUGAUUUUGAUUCUUCGAGUGAUGAGGAUAAAGGUGCGUUGAAGAGGAGACACUCGAAGCAUCAUAGCAGACACGUGAAAUCGAGGGGUUCGGAUUCUUCAAGUGAUGAAUAUGAUGAUGAUAGGAUGAAGAAGAGAAGGCAUUCAAGGCAUCAUCAUCAUCAUGACAAACGGCAUAGGCGUUCAGACUCGAGUGAUUCAGAUGAUUCUAGCUUUGAAGAUGGUGUUAAAAGGCAUGGCGUUAAACACCAUAAGCAUCAUCGCAGGUCUAAUAGCCAUGAAUUGAAGUCUGACUCUGAUAACAAGGAACAAGAUCGUCAUCACCGUAGCCAUAAAGAUGACUUUGUUGACCCACAUGAUAGGGAGAAUGAACCUGAGUUGAAUGGAGGUCUUCCUGAAGGUGGUCGUUAUAUGAGUGUGGAUAAUGAUGAAGCUGAAGAGGGUCAGAUUGUUUAGGUUUAUUAUUGCCAUCAUUUGAAAUGCGCCUGUUUUUAAGACCUCUUUGAACUUAGCUUUUGCUGGCAAUUUGUUGUUCUUGUAGCUCAUUGAUCUUGAAUUGUUUCAACUUUAAUUAACAAGUUUCUCUCUGUCUUUGAUGUACAUGAGCUAUAACUCAGCGUGUGCGCAUAAAACGUUAAAACUUUCAGAUUUGAUA